AGGAUGGAGGGCGAGGAGGACGGGGAGGGGCGAGUCAGGGAGCUGCAGGAGCAGAGGAUGACAGUCCAGAAGAAAACCUUCACCAAGUGGAUGAACAGCGUCUUCUCCAAGAACGGGGAGAGCCUGGAGCUGACUGACGUCUACACAGAGCUGAAGACCGGAAUCACUCUGAUUCGUCUGCUGGAGCUCAUCUCCAGGGAGAAGCUGCCUCCGCCCAGCCGCCGCAAACUGAGAGUCCACUGUCUGGAGAACAAUAGCAUCGCCAUCAGCUUCCUUAAAACAAAAAUUCGGGUGGAUCUGAUCGGUCCUGAGAACGUGGUGGACGGGGACCGUACGCUGAUCCUGGGUCUGCUGUGGAUCAUCAUCCUCAGGUUCCAGAUCGGACCCAUUAACCUGGACGAGGCGGGUGGUGUUGCUAGCGUGGCUCAUCGCUCGGCGAAGGAGGCUCUGCUGAUCUGGUGUCAGAGGAAAACGUCAGGUUACAACGGCGUUGACGUGCAUGACUUUUCCUCCAGCUGGAGGAACGGACUCGCUUUUAACGCCCUCAUCCACGCACACCGACCUGAUCUGUUUGACUACCGCCGUCUUCAUGGCGACGACCCCCAUCGUAAUCUGGAGCACGCCUUCUCCCUGGCGGAGCGGGAGUUUGGGAUCAUGCAGCUGCUGGAGGUGGAGGACAUUGUGGUCCCUCAUCCAGACGAGAAGUCCAUCAUGACCUACGUGUCCCUGUACUACCACUACUUCUCCAAGAUGAAGCAGGGCCAGACCUUUCAGAAGAGACUCGCUAAGAUAGUUGGGAUGCUGAUGGAGUUGGAUGACAUGAAGGUCCAGUAUGAGAGAAUGGUCUCAGGUCUGCUUCACUGGAUCAAAACCAAGGUGGUGCAGCUGAAUGACAGACGAUUCCCAAACUCUGUGAGGGAGGUGCAGAAGCUGACGAUGGCUUUCAAGACCUACAGAACUGUGGAGAAACCUCCUAAAUACCAGGAGCGUGGGGCGAUCGAAGCUCAUCUGUUCAGUCUGAGGACUCAGCUGGUAGCCAACAACCAAUGGGCUUACAAUCCUCCAGAAGGUAAAACCCUGAGUGACAUAGAGAAGAGUUGGGUUUUGCUGGAGAGAGCUGAACAUGAGCGAGAGCGAGCCCUGCAGGAGGCGCUGCUUCGCCUGGAGAACUUGGAGCAGCUUGCCCAGAAGUUUGAGAGGAAGGCAGCACUGAGGGAUGGGUAUCUGGAGGACACGCUGCGUCUGAUCCGGAGGCAGGACGUCCGAAGUCUCUCCACGCUGGAGGAAGCUCAGGCAGCCAGCCGGCGCCUGGAGGCCCUGGCGACAGAUGCUCUAGCCAGAGAGCCGCGCUUCACCGCCCUGAGAGAAAUGGCCAAGACCAUCGAGAGAGGAAACUACCACAGCAAGGAGCAGAUAAUCAGGAGAGAGGAGAGCAUUAGCCAUCGAUGGAAGGACCUACUGCAGCAGCUCCAAGAGCAGAGGGGGCUGCUGGGAAAUGUAGUUGCAAAUCUCAGCAUCCUCCGAGACAUUGAGCUCGUCUCCCAGGAACUUAAAGAACUACAGUCCCAGGCCAGCUCCUGUGAACUGGGGAACCAGCUGGCGGAGGUGGAAUCUCUCCUUCAGAAGCAGGAUCUCCUGGAAGCUCGAAUCUCAGCUCACGGUGAAACCAUCACCGCUAUUAGCAGCACAGCGCUCAAGGUGAAAGUGAGAGACGGCCAGCAGAUUCAGAGCAGAGUGAGAGCUCUCGACACUCAGUACAGAUCUGUGGUUUCCCUCAGCAACAGCAGGAGAAAGCAGUUGGAGGCUCAGUUGAGGUUGUUUGAGUUCUUCUAUGACUGUGAGGAACUGGAGGCCUGGCUGUAUGAACGCUUGUUGAGGCUGCAGACGGCCGGACUCGGACGAGACAUCAACCAGAUCCAACUGAGCCAACACAAUCACAAGGUUCUGGAGACGGAGCUCCAGGCCCAGGAAUCUCUGUACCAGGGAGUUCUGGGUCGAGGUCAGGAUCUGCUGUCCAAACAGGGUCAGGUUAAUCAGCAAGCCAUCCAGAAGUGGAUCCGUACACUAAAGAAGCAGUGGAGCCACCUGACCGAUGAGGCGACAGGACGCCGCAAAAAACUGCAGGCGGCUGCAGCCAUAAAACAGUACUUUGCAGAUGUGGCGGAGGCCAACUCUUGGCUGGGUGACAGGAAGCCACUGCUGACCAACGAGGAUCAUGGGAAGGAUGAGUCGAGCACGACGGUGUUGCUGCAGCGCCACCUCCGGUUGGAGAAGGAGGUGACAGCCUACGCUUCAGAGAUAAAGAGAUUGUCCAAGCAGGCGAGGAGCGCAGCACAGCUAACAGCUCUGACUGCGGAGACUCAGCAGAGUAAGAUGAUCCAAUACAGCGACUCAUCUGGAGAGGAGGAGGGGCCAGGAGCGGUGACAUCACCACCACCUAGCGCCAGGGGUAGGAGGGGCUCUGGGAGCUCCCCGUCUCAGAGUGAUGACAGCAAGGCCAAGGUCCGCUUCAGAUACAGCAGAGGUCAGUUUGUGUGGGAUCGUAAUGAGAUUGUAACAAUCAUCAGCACUGAAACAGAUGGAGACAGAGUUCAUGCCGCAGACAGCAGAGGAAACCAGCAGCUCAUCCCCAAAACCUACCUGACUCUGAUGCCAUCUACUGCACCUCCCCCCAAACCACCUGCCUCCACCAAUGGGGUGCCAGAAGGCCAGAGCAGGAAGCUAAGUCGCCCCAGGCGCAGACGGUCGAUGCGUCGUGGCACAGCUGAGAUCCAGACAACAUGGCUGCCAGACCCACAGUACCAGAGAGACACCGUGGAGAGCACGCAGGCCAGCCUGGACAAGGACUACAACUUCCUGUACAACCUGGUCAAGUCAAAGAUGAAGAUUCUGGAGGAGACGCUGCGUCUGCAUCGAUUCUUCAACAGCUGCCAGGAGUUUGAGUCAUGGAUGGAGGACAAGGAGAACGUCCUGAACACUUUCAGCACUGACGCCGACAACCUGGGAGUUGUUCAGUCUAAAUAUGAGAACUUCCUGACUGAGUUGGCGAGUGGGCGUGGCCAGUUGGAUGACAUAAUCAGAAUAGCUGAUGAGCUGGUGAAGAGCCAACACAGUAAACAGAGAGAGAUCCGGGCCAGAGAAAAGAAGGUUUCCAACAGGUGGGAACGGAUCCAGCAUAUGAAGGAUGAAAAAGGACGUGAGCUGCUGAGCACAGCAGACGUGCAGUCCUUCCUGCAGAGCUGCAAGGAGGCUAAGGCUCAGCUGCAGGGUCAGCUGUCCCAGCUCGACACUGUGGACGUGGGCUGCAGCUCCUUCACCCUGAUGACAGAGGAGAAGAACCAGGUUCAGGCCCUCAGAGACAUCCAGGCCCUAGAGGGCAAGAUCGCCUACCUGAAGAGCGUUGCCAGGAUGAAGCAGGACCUCAGUCCAGCAGAGAGUGCAGCCAUCGUAGAGGAGGUUCGGGGUCUGGAGGCUCUGCUGAAUCAGUUGAAGCAUCAGGCAGCAGACAGACAGCAGCUCCUGGAGGAGGCCCGCAGGCUGCAGAGCUUCCAGCAGCAGGCCAAGGAGCUAAAGCGCUGGGCUGUUUCGGUCCAGGAGCGCCUCCUGCAGGAGGAGACGGCAACCGACGUGGCCUCAGCUGUCGCCCUGCUGGAACAACACCAAGAGCUCCAGCUGGAGAUGGAGGAGCAGAGUAGCAGGUUGAAGGAGAUGGAGAAGUUGGGACAAUCUCUUGGUUCUUCCAAUGGGAAGACAGGGAGUGUCGAUAUCCAACAAACACUGGACAAUCUCAAAGCUGAUUUGUUCAAGCUUGACAAGAUGUGGACCAGUAGGAAGAAGUGUUUAAUGCAGGGAGUGGAGCUCCAGAGGCUGAACCAGUUAGGAGAUCGGAUCGAGGCGGCGCUGUCUGGACACGAAGCCCGACUGAGGGUCAGAGACGUUGGGGACUCGGUGGACAGUGUGCACAGUUUGCUGGGCCGACAGGAGGAGCUGGAAGGUCUCCUGAAGGCUUUGGACCAACAAGUCGAACAUUUCACUGAACGCAGCCAGGAGCUCAUCGACCAACAACACUAUGCUGCAAAACUCAUCAAGGAAAGGAGCAGGAGCAUCCAGACAGCCAACAGGAAGUUGAAAGAGAGCAGCAGGGAGAGGAGGAGUUUGCUUCUGGCCUCAAAGAAAUAUCAGGAGUUCCUGAGAGAUGCAGACGAGCUGCUGCUUUGGAUUGAGGAGAAGUUUAAGGUGGCGGAGGACGAGUCAUACCGCGACCCCACCAACAUCCUCCGGAAGCUGAAGAGACACGAGGCGGCUGAAAAGGAGAUGCAGGCUAACCAGGUCUGGCUAGACCGACUGGUUCAGGUGGGACAGGAGAUGCUUACUGAAGAGCACUACAACAGUCAGAGCAUCAACAGGAAGUCUACUCAGCUCAGCAGCCGGUGGGAAAUACUUCAAAACAAGAUGGCUGACAGAGGAGACAAACUGAGACAGGCGGGACAGCAGGAGCAGCUGAUGGAUCUGCUGCAGGACGCCAAGCUGAAGAUUGAGGCCAUCCAGUGGAUGCUGAACAAUGCUGCCAAAGGUCACGAUCUCCGCUCCAGCCGGCUGCUUCUGAAGGAGCAUCAGCAGCUGGAGCAGGAGGCCAAGGAGCUGGCGGAGAAGAUCAACUCCAUCGUCAGCAGGGCCAAACACCUUGCCUCUAAUCACUUUGACUCACAGAGGAUCCUCCAGGAGACCGAGACUUACCUCACUCUGUUCAAGUCUCUCCAGAAGCCUCUGGACCGGCGUCGUGUACAGCUGGAGGCAUCCGUGCUGCUGUUUGGAUUUUAUCAUGACGUGGACCUGGAGCUCAGCUGGAUCUCUGAACAUGUUCCUGCCUCUGGAUCUACAGGAUAUGACAAGUCUCUGGCUGGAGCCAUCAGUCUCAUGCAGAAACACAAGGAGUUGCAGGCGGAAGUGAGUGCCCACCGAAAAUACCUGAAUCAUGUCCUGGAGAAGGGGCGGAGCCUGGCCAAAUCCAGCAAAUCAGACGGAGAAGAAGUGCUCCAUAGGUGCAGGCACCUGAGUGCAGAGUGGGAGGAGCUAGAAGAGGCCUGCAGCAGGAGAGCAGCUCACCUGAGCAAGGCCAUCACCAGAGAACAGCUGCUGUUGGAUUGCUCAGAGCUGGAGUCCAGGCUGACUGAGACACUCACUGUGGUGAACACCGAAGACUAUGGCAAAGACCAGCUGGCCACGCAGAGUCUUAUUACCAAACAUCAGGUGUUGGAGGGCCAGCGGGAGGUGCUGGAAGUGGAGGUGGAGGAGUUAGGAGACCAGGUGGAGCAGGCGUUUCAGAACUGGAGCCUAGAGGAGCUCAGCAGGCCCUACAGUCGCGUCAGCAGUCUGAACCAGCAGCUGCAGCACCAGGCUGCUCUCAGGGGUCAGAGGUUAAAGGAAGUCCUCCAUCUCCACGAGUUCAGACGAGAGUCAUCAGAGUUGGAGGAUUGGAUGAGCCAGCAGCAGCAGACAGCAGAGUCUCAGGACCUGGGCAACGACUACCAACAUGUUCAGUUGCUUCGUGGAAAGUUUGAAGGUUUCCUGAAGCAGCUGGAAGUCGGAGAGGAGAGACUGCAGAGCUGCAGUGACCUGGCUGCUCGACUGAUCCGCGACAAACACCCACAGAGUUCUACAGUCAGAGAGACACUGCAGCAGCUCAGUGCAUGCUGGGAGGAUUUGAAGGGUGUGGCUAGGGAGCGUCAGGAUCAGCUGCAGAAAGCCGAGGAAUGUCACCGCUUUUACCAAGACCUGACUGACUCACUGACACUCAUACAGGAGCGACAGAAGAGCAUCCCUGACGACGUGGCGAAGGAUUUGCGCGGAGUGAUGUCACAGCUGAGGAAACAUGAAGCUCUGCUCCAUGAGCUGGCUACCACAGAGCAACAGCUGCAGGAGCAGCUGGAUUCCGCCAACUCCAUCCUGGACCUCUGCACGCCUCAGUUGAAGCUCCGCCUACAGGAAGUGCAGCAGAAAGUGGUGGAGCAGUGGGAGGAGCUCCGACUUCACGCAGAGCAGAGGGAGGCGGAGCUAAAACUGGCAUGCCAGAGAUACCUGUUCCUCAACACGGUGCAAGAUUACUUCCUGUGGUGCAGCCAGCUGAUUGGUGCGAUGGCUGCUGGGGAGACCAUCAGUGACGUGGCGACCGCUGACCUCCAGCUGGCCCAGCACCAGCAGCUGUGGGCCGAGAUGGAAGCCAGACAAGAGAUGUACCAACAGGUUCUGGACAUGGGAGAAGAGCUACAGACACAGGACAGGGCCAACAGGAAGGAGGUGUUGGAGAAGCUGGAGGCUCUGCGGGCAGAGCGAGACAAAUUGGAGGAGCAGUGGAACGAGAAACAAAGCUGGUUAGAAACUGUUCACCUGGAGCAAGUCUUCUACAGAGACGUUAACAGCAUGGACAAAACCUCCAGCUCACAGGAGAUCCUGUUGCAGAACAGCACUUUGGGAAACACAGUUGAUGAGACAGAAGGUUUGAUCAAACGCCAUGAAGCUUUUGAGAAGUUGCUCAGCUCGCAGGAGGACAAGUUGUUCUCUCUGAAAGAACUAGACAAGCGGCUGAAGAAGCAGCUGAGCAGAGAGAAGAGCAGACGGGUCCAAACUAAACUUAAGGCCCUCCUCCAGCGGCGUGAUAGGAUCAAGGAGCUGUCAGUCAAACGCAGGGAGGAGCUUGAGCUUUCCAGGAUGCUGUGUAUCUUCAACCGAGAUGUUGCAGAGGCUAAGGAGUGGGUGUCUGAGCGGAUACAGAAGAUGGCGGAGGACGGUAAAGCAGACCUCAGCAAUCUGCAGGCCAAGAUGAAGCUUCUCCAGAAGCAUCAGGUGUUUGAGGCCGAGAUCCUGGCUCACAGCGAGAUCAUCAGCUCUGUACUGCUAGCCGGGGAGAAGCUAGUGUCCCUUCACCACCCGAGGUCCAAGGAGGUGAAGAGGAGUGCAGCCACCCUUGAGCUCCACUGGGAGGAGCUGAAGAAGGCCAUGGCAAACCGAGGUAAAGCUCUGGAAGAUAACAGAGACUUCCUGGAGUUCCUGCAGAAAGUUGAAGAGGUGGAGGCCUGGAUCAGACACAAGGAGGUGAUGAUUAAUGUUGGAGAUGUUGGGAAGGAUUAUGAACAUGGAGUUCAGCUGCUGAAGAAACUUGGCGAAUUUAGAGGAACUGGAGAUGGGGACACGACAGUGGACGACGCUCACAUCACAGCCAUCAACAGACUGGCAGGCAGACUGGAGAAGAGGCAGAGCGCUGAUGAGCUGGUUACUGUUAGACAGAGGAGACAGCAGCUCAAUGACAGGUGGAGUAGGUUUCACGGCGAUCUGAACAUUUACAGGAAGAAGCUGGAGGGGGCGCUGGUGGUCCACGCCCUCAUCAGAGAGCUGGAGGAGGUUAGAGAGAGAGCAAACGAGAAGAUGCUGCUGCAGGGUCAGGACUGUGGCUUUGAUGUGGACAGCGUAGAGAACCUGAUCAGACGCCACGAAGAAACAGAGAGAGAGGCUGGGGUCAUCCAGGAGAGGUCAGAGGCCCUGGAGAAGGAGGUCUCUGAUCACCUGAAGGCUCGAUCAGUGAUGAGCGACAAGCUGAAGAACAAACAGAAGGAGGUCCAGCAAGCUCUGAAGACUCUGGAGAAGGAGGUGAAACACAGGAAGGAGAAGCUGCAGGAGGCCCACCAGCUGCAGCUUUUUAAAGCCAACCAGCGCCUCCUGCUGGAGUGGACAGUCAAACAGCGCAGUGAGAUGGCAGAGAAAGGCCUUCCCAAGACCAGAGCCGAGGCCUACCGGCUCAUCAUCGAGCAUCAGGACUGGAAGACUGAGAUCGACGCUCGUGCCGAGCGCAUUGACUCUGUUCGGGACUUCGGUUUAGGUCUGAUCCGGUCUGGUCACAGUUCGAAGGCAGAGAUCCAGAAGGCCCUGAACCAGCUGGAGAAAGUGAAAUCCGAACUGGACCGAGCCUGGCUGAACCGUAACACUAACCUGGAGCAGGCCCAAACCCUGCAGGUCUUCCUGACCUCUGUAGAGCAGUGUGAAAGCUGGCUCAGCAACAAGGAGGCCUUUCUAUCCAAUCAGGACCUGGGGAGCUCGGUGACAGAGGUGGAGACUCUUCAGAGGAAACAGGCUCAGUUUGAGGAGGCUCUGGAGGCUCAGGUGGAACAGCUGGAUGAGGUGGAGAAAAUGGCCCAGAAGAUGAUCCAACAGAAGCACUAUGACUCCAACAGCAUUAGAUCCAAGAGCAGAGCGCUCGCGAGCAGGUGGAGCCAGCUGCAGCAGCAGAGCAGAUCUCGUCACAAAGCUCUGGAUCGAUCACUGCAGCUGCAGCAGUUCUUGUCCAGCAGCUACCAGCUGUGUGUGUGGCUGAACGAACGUAAUGCUGUGGCGUUAGAUGAGAGCUGGAGGGAACCAACCAACCUUCAGGCCAAACUGCUGAAACAUCAGAGCUUUGAAACCGAGGUCCUCGCUAACCGCUACAGAGUGGAGACACUCACCAAGGAAGGAGAGAAGCUGCUGUCUGAAUCUCCCUCAGCUGAACUGAAGGCUCGACUCAGAGAUGUGACAGAAAGCUGGGCCGAUCUUAUCCACAACUGUAAUGAGAAGAAAACCAGACUGCAGCAGGCCUACCAGGCGCUGCAGUUCCAGCGUUCAUUGGAUGACAUGGAGCAGUUUGUGGGGUCAGUGGAGAGGGAACUGGCCAAUGAGGACUGUGGAAGCGACUUGCCGUCUGUCAACAGGCUGCUGAAGGCUCUGCAGGGGCUGGAGGAGGAGGUGGACGGACACAGAGACAGAAUCCAGGGUCUGGUGGAAACAGCGAAGAGCUUCCACUCUCAGGGAAACUUCCUGGCUGAGGAGAUCCAGACCAGAGUCACACACACCAUCAACAGGUACAACAGUCUGUCAGACCCCCUGCAGAGUCGGAGGGAAACCCUGGAGGCCUGGCAGGUUCUGUUCCAGUUCUACAGAGACCUGGAGGAGGAGGUGGCCUGGCUGAGCGACAGACUGUCUUCUAUCACUGCUAAAGAUAUGGGGAGCUCCCUGAGCAGUACCCAGCAGCUGCUCCACAAACACCAGGCUGUGAUGCAGGAGAUCUCAAGCCGUGCCCCCUUGGUCCAGGCAGUGCAGGAAGCAGGACAAAGUCUGGUCAGAGGUCGUCACUUUGCGUCUCACGACAUCCGGGAGCGUCUCGAGGAGUUGAGCAGUCUCCAUGAGGAGCUGAUGAUGGAGGCGGAGACGAAGGGGAAACUCCUGCAGGAGGCGCUCAGCAUCCACACCUUCCUCACUGAGGUGUCUGAGCUGGAGCUGUGGUUGGAGGAGCAACAGGCAGGUUUGGAGUCUCGGGACAGUGGUAGGAGCGAGGAGGCGACAGAGGCUCUGCUGAGGAGGCUGGACUCUGUGGACGUGGAGCUGGAGAACCAGAGGAGGAUGUUGGAGAGGCUGCAGGAGAGUGGAGCCGCACUGCAGCACCUUGGACAUCCCAAUAGCCACAUGGUCAGUGAGUCUCUCCCAGCUGUGCUCGAACACUUUGAGACUCUCCUCCGACUCUCCUCCGCUCGUCGCAGCGCUCUUGAAGAUCAGCUCCGCCUCUACGUGUUUGAGAGAGAAGCCAAAGAACUACAAACAUGGCUGACCUCCAAGAAGACACUGGCAGAGUCCAUGGGUUGCGGAAAAGAUCUGGAGGAUGUAGAGGUCCUUCAAAAGAAGUUAGAAGUUCUGGUUUCCGAGAUAUCCAGUCUGGGUCGGAGCCGGCUGACCUCAGUACAGCAGCUCGGCAGAGGGCUGCAGCAGGACGGCCAGGCCCGGAGGAUGGACGAUGCCCUCAGCAGGCUAUGGGAUGACCUCAACAGCAGUCUCAGGACCAGAGAACAGAGUCUGCAGUCAGCAAGGGAGAUUCAUCAGUUUAAUCAUGAUAUCGACGAGCUGAAGGGCUGGAUGGCUGAGAAGGAGGCUGUGCUAGACUCAGAGGACCAGGACCUGCACUCUAUCCAGACUCUGCUGACACAACACGAGGCGCUAGAGAGGGACCUGGUUUUGAUCUCUGAGGAGGUGACCAGAAGCCGAGAAGAGGGCCGGGCUCUGAACAGACGACACCCUCAGGCCAGACCUGCUGUGACUCAGAGGCUGGAUGAGCUGGAGGCCUACUGGACCAGCAUCCAGGACAAGGCCUCCCAGCGCCGCACUAGACUGGGCCAGGCUGAAGACGUGCAGAAAUACUUAUCCCAGUGGAGUGAACUCAUGGCCGUGCAAAGGGAGAUGCUGUCUUUGGUACGAGGCGAGACGCUGAGCGUGGAGGGAACUGACCUGGAGCAGCUCAUUAAAAAGCACGAUGAGUACCGUGUUCAGAUUGACAGACAGCUCAGCAAAUCACAGGAUGUGAAAGAGGAAGGGAGACGUCUGAUGGAGGAAGGAAACUUCAUGUCCCAAGAGGUGGGGGAGCGUGUCUGUGAGCUGGAGGAGCUGGAGGUGCAAGUGAAGAAGUUUUGGGAUGAAACCAGGCUCCUGUAUGAGGAGGAGCUGGAGAUUUCACUUCUGCAGAGGGAGCUGGAGCAGGCAGAGCACUGGCUGAGCUCCUAUGAAAACAUACUGAUGGCUGAAGACUACGGGGACUCUGUGUCGGAUGUUAUGGAGCUCCUGAAGAGGCAGGAGGACUUGGAGGCCAUGAUCCAGGCCCAGAGCGACCGCUUUAUCGCACUGCAGAAGAAGAAAACACAGAGGGAGAAGAGACUGGGUCUUAAUGGCAAUGAGAACAUAGACCCUGAGGACAGAAAACCUUCAGCAAGAGUUUCAUCCCUGAGGAGUAAACAGUCAGAUCAAAAGACCCCGCGGAUCUCUUCCUCUAGAAACAGCAUCCGACAAGUCAGCACUGGCAGGGCGACGGACAGAACAUCCAGAUCGCCAGUGCCAGACGAGGAAACAGACAGUACCAGCCUCACAACCUCUGCUAGCACCCCACCUAGCCCAUCUCUCCACCCUGACUUGAGAGAAUGCUUGAGCUCCAGCAGGAAGGCUCAGAAAUGGGAAGUGGAAGAAGAAGCUAACAGUCUUCCUGUUAGUCCUAGCUCCAGCACAACUGUAAAUCCUUGGAAACAUCGAACCAGCCACUCAAACAUGAUGCCUGGAACUCCCCUCAGAGCAUUCGAUGAGCCCUCCUCUCCAAAAUGUCCUGAAGUUUCUCCACCUUCCUCCCCAAAACCUCCCUCCUCUACUCAAACAUCUGUUUCUUCUUCAUCUAAAGAAACUCCUAAUGAAGACUGUCGCCACCGAUCCAAACCUCCUCUGGCUCCAAAGCCCAGAAUCUCCUCCACAGGGCGGGUGUUCGGACGGCACGUUGAGCCCCCGAACCAACCAGAGAAGCCCACUAUACCACCUGACUCUCCUCCACUAAUCAGAGAGCUCCACAACCUGGAAUCACCGAUCAGCAAACAGCCUGAUCUUCCUGAUUUUCUGAUUCCACCUUCUGCUGAAGAGGUUACACCACCUGACUCCCCCACUGCUGCAGCAAUUAGAGAGGAGGGUACUGAAUCAGCUGACCUUGUUCCUCCAACAAGGGAGCUGCCUCCGUCUACUCCACGGCAGCAGAGAAGGUUAGAAGAUCUACCAGAUGAAGAACCAGUCCUCCCCAGCUCCACAGCAGAGGUAACAGCGGUGCAGCCAGUCAGAAUGGAAGGGCUGCUGGAGAUCAAACUAAAACAAGGAGGAAACAAGAGUCUGGAGCACUGGGAGGAGGUGUUUGCUGUCCUGGAAGGAGAGACGCUCAGCCUGUUUACAGACAGAGAAGCUGCUGCAGAGAGGACCUCUAGGUGGCCCCCUAUCAACAUGGUUGGAGCUGCUUGCAAGGAGAACGUUAACUACAGGAAGAAGGAGAACACUUUCAAACUCAUACUGGAGGACGGCAGUCAGUAUCUGUUCGCAGCGUCCAGCAGAGAACUCCAGCUGCUGUGGAUGAAGAAGCUCCAAAACUGCACUGAAUCUGCCGGCAGCGACUCUGACGACUCAGGGAGAGCAUCAUCAGUCAACCUGAGUUUGGAAAAGUUGGCGGAGGCUCCGGAUGAUUCAACCUCGACCAAGCCGUUUGACGGCAGACCUGAGAGCCUGGAUAGACAGUCAUCCACCGAGGGGCAACCUCCUCCCAAACCCCCCCACACAUACUACAACAAACACCGCUACCCUAGAGAAGGAGAGGUCAGGAGCACAGGUACACAGAGCCAUCAAAACCAGCCCCCUUCAGUGCCUCCUCCUCCUCGUCCGAACCCGGACACCCAGGGCCCCCCCAGUGUGAACCCCCACCUAACAGACGACAGCAAAGACAAGUCAAGGAGGAGCGUCUUCAGGAAGCUUUUCACUAAGAAGUAGAGCUUUAUUGAUUCUCUGCAGCUGUCCUUCCUCAUCACCAGCCGGUUUCCUUCAUCCUGGGAAGACAAAUUGUGCAGGUGACACAGCCACUGACGUUUUGGAUAUUAAUGUUGGAAUAAUAAAGUAAAGUCAAUAAAUGGUACAAUUUCCAGACAUGACGCUAGAGGAGGCGUCUGAUCUGAAGUAAAAGUGCUUUUUCUUUCACAUGUUCACAAAAGGCCUUAAAAGUGUGUAAAUUAAUCUUAAGUUAAUUUUUAUUCUUACUCAAACGCUUUUUAGUUGUUUGUUUAGGAAGAAUGCACUUAUCAAUUUCUAACUCUUGUAGUUAUAGAGUUUGAAUGCUGUUUGAAUGGAUGAGAUGUUAAAGAUCCAUGUAACAUCCUGACUGAUCUUCAACACCGGAAAACCGCUCUCUGGUAGCAGGUUUAUGGUAUUAUUAGUAUUUCUGCUACUACCACUCAGGCCACGUCAUAGAUUUAGGGGGGUCUAGAGGGCAUAAAUACUCCUGUUGUAAUGAACACUAUGAAAUGGGACCUAGAUCAAUAGAAAACAUAACAAAGUGACUGUAUGUUUAAAUUUUAAAAAAGGUAACUCCUCCUCAUGGCCGCUGCCUCCUCUUGUGUACACUGAAAAUGAUGUAAAUGGGAAAUCAGCCAACAUGAACACCAUAGUCAGACUGAAUGAUAUAGUGAAACAAAAUGGUGGUUCAGUCUGAAUAUCAGGCUACAAAUUUGGAGUUAAGUAGGAACUUAACAUUCAGUCUUUCACUGUAAACGGCCUCGGCUCAGAGAUGAUGCUCUCCAGUUUCAUUUGAAGGGAUUUUUAUUGAGAACUGAAGUCCUGGAGCUGACAGCAGGUGAAUGCCUGGGGCCGCGUCUUAACUUUGCUCUUAUGUUGGCCCCACACUAAAGGAUAACGGGGCAGAUUCUGGGUCAGAUUUGCUCCUCCUGACAAUUGUAGGGGUGUUAACCAACUUGAGGCUGGUCUGAACAGGUUAUCUGCCCAAAUGAUCCUAUAGUGUGAGCGGCUUAAAGACUUGAUGUUAAAGGAUAAUUUCAGUAUUUUUAAACCUGAACCCUAUUUCAACAUGUCUGUGUAGAAAUGACUAGUAGGUACAGAAGUACAUUUACAUUUCCUCAUUUGGCAGACAUUUUUAUCCAAGAUGUGAGGAACAACAUACAAGCAUCUACUAAGCAUCAAUACAGCACGAGAUCUACAACUGACAAUAAAUACUAGAAAGAGCAGCAAUAAAUACUAGUAAGAGUUAAUAGCACAAAUGGCAUUGAUGGGGUAAAUACUAGGGAAAGAAGUAACAAGUAAAGAAAAAAGUGCAAUCAAUACAGGAUAAUUGUAAGGGGAUAGAAGAAGAAGAGCACAGGAAGUGCAUGUUAGGGGUUAGAGAGGAAGUGUUCUCGGAAAAGAUGAGUUUCUUAAGAGCUUCUUGGAGUUAGAGAGGGAAACCUGCUCAACGGGCCGCUUCAGUCGGUAGCUGCGAACUGGCUGCAACUUAUUCCUUUGGAGCAAUUGUGCCCGUCAAAGUUACGUCCACAAAAAGUGCUUCUUUUUGCCCCCGACAGGCUCAGACUGUUAAACCAGGUGUCAUCAUGGAAAGGAUCUCUACAAUGACUCCCGUUGACACCCUUUGUUUUUAACUGAAAACGCUCCAGGACAGUUCUCGCUCUGAAAUCUCACGAGAGGCGAGUUGCCGCAGCAAGACGCCGGUGGAAACGAGGGAGAGGAGUUUGUUGUGUUGGAGGAAAUAAAGUCGUGCUAGCAGUUCCUCUACAUACACAACAAACUCCUCGUUUCCACCGGUUUGUAAUAAUAUGUGACACUUAUGCACUUGAGUCAAGAACUAGAAGGCUUUGUGUAACAAAUUAAUUUCGACGUCUGUCCUAAUCUGUCAGUUUGAUCUAAACCAGAGACAGUCUGUCGUCAUGGAAGCGGCCCCAGGUCAUUGUUAAAGCAACAGACAGACGUUAACUCCGAUCCGCUUAAUAUUCUCUUAACAUCACCUCGAGUGAGAAUCUGCUUGUGUCUCAUCUAAAACAGUUUCAAGUGACUUCAUCUGAAGAGUUUUGCUCCAAAAUAUGAUCUCCACCUUUUGAAAAGUGACACUUGCUCAAAGAAAAUGAUUGACGGCUAAGUCAAUUCAAACAAAUUUGUCCCAUUUAAGAGCAGAAAAGGUUUCUGGAGACAUCGCACGGCGUGAAGAUGAAACAUUAAACGCAGAUGAUGCUCCGUGUUUUAGUGACUUUGAAAGAUGAACUUUGGUUCAGUGUUUUUGGAAAUGAACUCCCAUUUAUUUAUUAAUGAGCACCAAAUCCAAACAUCUUCAGACUCAUCCUCUCCUCCAUUCAAUCAGAUCAAUAAGAUAAUGAGUCAGAUUAAGACUUUUGAGAGAAAUCAGGAGUUCAGACACUUAUUCAGUUUGCGAAAUUAAAAUCAAUUUAAGUGUUUGAGUCAUUCAGAUGAUAUGACUCCAGUUUAUGAGUCAUAAACAUCAUAAACAUCUGACGUCACUUCGGUUUUCUCUUGGUGUUUCUCAGAUCAGACAAAGAUGUAUGUAUGUAUUACCUGAUAAUCACAUUCAUUUCAUUGAUUACUGUAAGAUUUAUGGGAGUGAUAAUAUUAUAUGAAAAAAUGUUUAAACUACUGAGUUUCAUAGAUGAACCAAACUCAUUAAUUUGUUUGAACCGCACUGAAUGUUUUAAUUAAAUAUUUCCACCAUUUUAUCGUCGA